UGCCGCCCUCUUUCUACUUUCUCGAACCAAAAACCCUAGCUCCUCCUCCUACCUCUACUUUCUCUCUCUAGAAACCCUAGAAAUGGCUGCGGCAGCUCGGCCUCUGGUCACCGUCCAAUGCCUCGAAUCUGACAUGGCCACCGACGGAGCUACCUCCCUUCCCUUGCCGGACGUCAUGAAGUCCUCGAUCCGUCCGGACAUCGUAAACUUCGUCCACUCCAACGUCUCCAAGAACCGCCGCCAACCCUACGCCGUGUCCAAGAAGGCCGGCCACCAGACGUCCGCCGAGUCAUGGGGAACUGGCCGCGCCGUCUCUCGUAUACCCCGCGUCCCCGGCGGCGGCACACACCGCGCUGGCCAGGGUGCCUUUGGCAACAUGUGUCGCGGUGGCCGUAUGUUCGCUCCGACUAAGAUCUGGCGCCGCUGGCACCGCAAGAUCAACAUCAAGCAGAAGCGAUACGCUGUUGCUUCCGCCAUCGCCGCCUCUGCCGUUCCCUCUCUGGUCAUGGCCCGAGGGCACUGCAUCGAGUCUGUACCUGAGAUCCCCCUCGUCGUCAAUGACUCCGUUGAGGGCGUCGAAAAGACCUCGAACGCUAUCAAGGUUCUCAAGCAGAUCGGUGCAUAUGCUGAUGCCGAGAAAGCGAAAAAAAGUCACUCGAUUCGGCCUGGAAAAGGUAAAAUGCGCAAUCGGCGAUACAUUUCUCGCAAAGGUCCGCUGAUUGUGUAUGGUACUGAGGGAUCGAAGCUCGUCACCGCAUUCAGGAACCUCCCUGGAGUGGAGAUUGCGAAUGUGGAGCGACUCAAUUUGCUGAAGCUCGCGCCUGGAGGUCAUCUGGGUAGGUUUAUAAUAUGGACAAAAUCGGCUUUUGAGAAGUUGGAUUCGAUCUACGGAUCGUUCGAGAAGUCAUCUGAGAAGAAAAAGGGUUAUGUUCUGCCGAGGUCGAAAAUGGUGAAUGCGGAUCUUGCGAGGAUUAUUAACUCUGAUGAGGUGCAGUCAGUGGUGAGGCCGAUUAAGAAGGAGGUGAAGAGGGCACCUUUGAAGAAGAACCCAUUGAAGAAUCUGAAUACUAUGUUGAAACUGAACCCCUAUGCAAAGACUGCGAGGAGGAUGGCGCUUUUGGCUGAGGCUCAGCGAGUGAAGGCGAAAAAGGAGAAGCUUGAUAAGAAGAGGAAGGAAAUCACUAAGGAGGAGAUGACUUCUAUAAAGGCUGCUAGCAAGGGGUGGUACAAAACAAUGAUCUCAGACAGUGAUUAUACCGAGUUUGAUAACUUCACCAAGUGGUUGGGUGUUUCCCAGUGACUUGGUUCAUCUUUAGGAUAUAUUUAUCAGUUUUGGGUGUGGUCUUUUUGACAUUAAAUGGGAUGGGAAUUACUGGGAUAACGGUUUCUUUGCCUAGUGUAUUUUGUUGUCGAAAUUUAUGAAGGAUUUUCCCCUUUUUUUUUUUUGUUAAAACAGAACUAAAUCAAAUAUUUAGAGUUGUUCUCGAAUGGAUUAUUUAAUAUUUUAAGGUUAAUUGAUUAUCUUCA